UAAAUUUUGAAAAAAUAGUUAUUAACCAUAGGCUCAGUCAAAACUCAUUUUCGUCAAUUUGCCAAGUUUUUACCCCUCUUUCUAUCUCUCAUUUUGCUUUUUUUCUCCUCCCUGAAAACCAACUAAAUUUUGAACAAACCGUUAUUAACCAUAGACUUAGUCAAAGCCCCAUUUUCGUUCCAAUUUUGCCAAAUCAUUUACCUCUCUCCUACUCUGUCUCUCAUUUUGUUUUUUGCCUCCUCCCUUAACCCUCUUCUUCAACAAGACCUGAAAGAUAUUCGGAAGAACUUCAAGAUCAAUUUGAAUCAUAGUAUGUUUUCUUCCACGCUCUUGGUUUCAAAAUCUUCUGCAUCUAUUCACAGAGUUGUAACUUCUCAACGUCUUACCGUUCGACUGUUCAAUAACCAACUUGGAGGUUCGGCAUCAACAUCUCCGUCAUCUUCUUUGUUAGCAUCGUCUCACAACACUGGCUCGGGUGAAGAGUCGAAAAGAAGCUCCAUAUUUGAUUUCUUGGUCAAAUCAGUUUCUUCGGGAGUUGUGGCAGUUGGGAUCGGAUCGCUUUUAUGCUUGAAUUCUUCAACUUCCAAUUCAAAUGUAUCUUUUGCCGACUUCCAAAAAGAAACGAAAUGGACAAUGAAAGAAGACCAAUUCCAAUACCCAUUCCCUAAUCAGAAUGCGAGGAAGAAAUCAAAGUUUCUCUUUGGAGAUGAUUAUAGGAGAAGGGUGUUUUUUAACUAUGAAAAACGCAUACGAAUUCAAAGUCCUCCUGAGAAGGUGUUCGAGUACUUUGCCUCUGUUCACACACCUGAAGGAGAAAUCUUUAUGACACCAGCAGAUCUGAUGAGAGCCAUUGUUCCGGUGUUUCCUCCAUCAGAGUCCAAUCGAGUUAGAGAGGGCUUUCUAAGAGGAGAAAGAAUUCAUGGAGAAUUAUAUUGUGUUCCUUCAGAAUUCUUCAUGCUCUUCGACAUCAACAGUGAUGGCCUCAUCUCUUUUGCAGAGUACAUCUUUUUUGUUACCCUACUCAGCAUACCAGAGUCCAGCUUUUCAGUGGCAUUCAAAAUGUUUGACAUUGACAACAAUGGUGAAAUAGACAGGGAGGAGUUCAAGAAAGUGAUGGCUUUGAUGAGAAAACAGAACAGACAAGGAGCUCGUCAUAGAGAUGGAAGAAGACUCGGGAUGAAAGUUUGCGUGGAAAAUGGUGGUUUGGUAGAGUACUUCUUUGGUCAAGAUGGAAAAGGUUCCCUUCACCAUGACAAAUUUGUCCAAUUCCUAAGACAACUUCAUGAUGAGAUACUACGAUUAGAGUUUUCACAUUACGACUUCAAAUCCCAAGGAAGCAUAUCGGCCAAAGACUUUGCACUGUCCAUGGUUGCUUCGGCUGACAUAAAUCACAUAGACAAACUCCUGGAUCGAGUCGAAGCAUUGAACAAAGAACCCCAAUUCAGAAACAUCAGAAUCACAUAUGAAGAAUUCAAAGACUUUGCAGAGCUACGCAAGAAGUUAGAAUCCUUCUCUUUGGCCAUUUUCAGCUACGGAAAGGUAAAUGGGGAAUUGACAAAACAAGAUUUCCAGAGAGCAGCUUCCCAUGUUUGUGGAGUUUCAAUCACUAGAAAUGUGGUGGACAUCAUAUUUCACAUAUUUGAUGCAAAUGGGGAUGGAGAUCUAAGCUCAGAUGAGUUUGUGAGAGUCAUACAAAGGAAAGAAGUCAGUUCUUCACAAGCAGCCGUAGGUGCUGGAGGGUUUUUAUCUUGCUGGUUCAGCUGUUCAGCCAAAUGCUCUUCUGCAAAGCUCUUCGUUCGCAGCAAGUAAAGGUUUAUCCAUGG